AUGCCGGAUCGAACGUACAGAGCCGAACAAUUUGAAUUGCACGAACAGCUUGGAAGAGGAGCAUUUGGAGUUGUGUAUAGAGGAUUUGAUCGGGUGCGUAAGAUCGAUGUGGCUAUCAAACAGGUUGAUUUGGAGAGUAGCGAUGAGAUGGAUGAAAUAGAGCAAGAGAUUCGAAUGCUUUCUACUUGUCAUAAUGAUUACAUUACCAAGUACUACGGAUGUUUUCUUAAAGGUUUCAAGCUAUGGAUUAUUAUGGAAUAUCUGGCCGGAGGUAGCUGUUCAGAUUUACUAGAGGCUGGUCCUUUCAAUGAGUCUACAGUAGGACUGAUAUUGACUCAGCUACUCCAUGGAUUGACCUAUCUUCACUCGAAUGGAAAGAUUCACAGAGAUAUCAAGGCUGCGAAUAUUUUGGUUGGGUCCGAUGGACAAGUCAAGAUAGCAGACUUCGGUGUGGCUACCCAAUUGUCUAACAAUCUCUCUAAGAGAAACACUUUCGUGGGUACUCCAUAUUGGAUGGCUCCCGAGAUAAUCAAGCAUAAAGAGUAUACAUUUACUGCGGAUAUAUGGUCUUUGGGUAUUACUGCGAUUGAACUUGCUUACGGAAAGCCUCCGUUGUCUCAAUAUCAUCCUUUUGACGUACUUUUCAGAAUUACCGAUGAUCUCCCACCUACGUUGGGGUCAAACUUCACCACUGAGUUCAAUGAUUUUGUCAGCCAAUGUUUGAAUAAGGAUUCUACCAAGCGUCCCAGUUCUGUAGAGUUAUUGAACCAUCGCUUUAUACGUAAAUAUGCCAGAUCAGAUCGAAGGGUAUUGACGAAACUAAUUGAAAAGAAGAUUAGUUGGGAUUUGGAGACUGGCAAUAUGGACAAGAAGUAUCAGCAGGCCCAGCACGCACCGCAAAGCCUGGUGCAAACUCCCGAUAACUUGUUUGAUCUUGGAACGAUUACCGUUGAUCCUAAAACUUUAGGUCAUAUUAGUAAGGAGAGCAGUUUGAAGCCUCUGGAAGAGCAGCAGACUCUGAAGAUUGUUCCACAGUCACCAAUCAAGAGGAGCACUGGUCUUUCUGAUGAGGAUAGCCACGAUUUACGCAAAGAAAUGAGUCGUAUUCUGAAUCAAUCAUUCAACAAGAUCUCUCAUAAAUACAAUCUAUCCACGUACGAGUACGACAACUUGGUGAAAUUUGAAGAUCUGAUAAUGAAUUCGUUGUUCUUAGAUCAGGAUUCUAAAUACAGAGAAGUAUUUACUAAAUUCUUCAAACUCGUCUUGAAAAGAGUGAUGAGAUCGGAGAAUUCCAAAUUGAAAGAGAGGAUACUGCCAAGAUAUUACGUUAAUAUGGAACACGAAUGGCAAAAUUUAGUACUAAAAGAUAAAGAGAAGGAAAAAGAACAAGGAACAGAAAGCAACAGAGACGAAGUUGAAGAGUUACUGCUUACCCGGUGGGCAGAAAGUAUGUUGGACAGAAAGCCGUAA